AUGGCUAUAUUCACCCUCGGCAACACUGCCGACCUGUCCGAGCAGUUCAUGCUUGGAAUCGCCCGCCAAGCGCAUCUCCAGACGCCGCUGGGUCAAGCGCAAUAUGACGCUGUCGAACGCAUUCAAGCUGAAGACAGGCGACUGGAUGUCGAUGGAUUUGCACCGGACGUGAAAUCCGAGUUUGCACGCGGAUCAGGGGCGGUGGCCGUACCGCUUCCUGGCGAAGCGUACGGCGAGCCCGGCCAAAAUGAGCUCAGCGGCGCUGCUCGUUACAAAGUCGCCGGAUCAUCUCGACUUCGGGAAGCCACCGAAAAGUGUGCAAGGAGUCGGAAGGACACAUCGUCACCUAAUGACACGUCUAUAUCCCGGGAUCUCAUUUCGUUGCAGCAAUUACAGCAGAACAGUGACAUCCUGUCAGAUACCUGA